AUGGAAGAAGAAAAUGUCUAUUCUUUGAGCCAGUCCAACUUUACCAAAUUGAGUCAUGAGAAAGAGUUUGGCCAAGAAAGAUUAAUAGUUGAGAGUAACAACUUUUCGUCUCUUUAUCAAUCAGGUGGCAUUGAUAGCGUUGUAGCUGCUUUAGAAUCUGAUCUUGGAAGGGGAAUAUCUGGUCAUGAUGAAGAUCUUCGUCGCCGAUAUGACAUGUUUGGUUCAAACCAUAUUGUAGAAGUGAACUCUCAACAACUUGAGAAAAGACACUUCCUUCAAGUGAUCUUGAAUGCCACCAAAGAUACUACGGUUAUCCUCCUCUUAUUUUGUGCUUUACUUUCUUUUGUGCUUGAAAUCAAGAGUAAUGGACUUGAAGAAGGACUUAUUGAUGGUUUAAUGAUAUUUGUCGUGAUCUUCACUGCUUCUACCUUCAGUCAAGUUGUCAAGUUCUUACAGAAUCGAAGAAAUGAGAAGCUUGUAAGAACCAAAAAGCCGACAGUGACGGUCAAGAGAGAUGGACGGGAGCGACAAAUAUCUAUCUCUGAAGUUGUGGUUGGUGAUAUUGUAUGUUUAAAGACUGGUGAUGAAGUACCAGGUGAUGGGCUAAUUUUUCAUAGAAGUGAUGGAUUAAAGGUAGAUGAUUACGAUGAUAAUGAUCAUGUUGGAGAUAAUGAUUUUCACCAGGUGUUUAGUGGUUCAAAGGUGGUGGGUGGACAGUGUUCCAUGCUGGUGACUUCCGUUGGUUUAAACACAGAAACUAGAAAGAUGAUCAAAUUGUUAAAAGGUGAUCUAAAUGAGGAAUAUGGAGGGUUUCAAAUUGAGCAUGACAUGAUGAUCUUCCGUUUGGAUAAGAUUUGUUUGAGCCUCUCUUUACUUGUUCUUGUGGUACAAGUGCUUAGAUGUUUCAUAAAGAAAAUUGGGUGCCGUGACUGCCAACAUUUAGAUCCUAAAGGUGUGAAGGACACAGCUGGGGAGAUAAUGACCAAGGCGACCAACAUAAUCAAGAGGCAAGGUGGAAGGUUAAAUUUGUUUGUUGAAAUGAUAGCUGUUUUUAUAUUCGCCGUCAGGGAUGGCUUGCCUUUGGGUUUAUUAAUCUCUUUUGCUUAUGCAUCAAAGCAAUUUAAACGUUAUCGGGGCAUUGUUCAACAUCUUCCAGCCUGUGGUACUCUUGGCUUUGUCACAACAAUUUGCACAGACAUAACUGGUGAUUUGUUCCUGGAGGAUGCCAAGAUGGCCGGCUUCUGGAUCGGUACGGAUAUCAUUGGGGAAUCAAUAUUGAAUUGUGUCAAUACUGAUGUCCUUGAUGCUUUGGGCCUAAGGAUAUGCAUGAACUCUUCAUCUGAGUCUGUAGAUGAUGAACUUUUGUAUUGGGCUAAGGAGGUUCUGGGGUGUGAUAGAGAGGUAAUCAAGCAAAAUUGGACAAUUGAAGCUUCUGAAGUCCAAAACAAUCGAACUGGGUUGUUGUUGAGAUGGAAUGGAGAAGAUGGCAAUAGUUAUGUUAACAUACACUGGAAAGGAGCUCCAGAUAUAAUACUGUCUAUGUGCACCCAUUAUUUUGACAUAGAUGGAACUUUACAAACCCUAGAUGAACAUAAAAGAGAUGUGUUCAAGAAAAAUAUUGAAUAUAUCAGAGCUAAUAGUGUACAGUGUAUCGCUUUUGCGUGGAAGAACGUUGAAGAACACGAAGAAGAAAUCGUGGAGCUCGCUGAUGAUUGGUUAACAUUGUUAGCAAUUGUCGGCUUGAAGAACCCAUAUCCACCUGAGGUGAAACAAGCUAUUGAAGCUUGUGGAGAGUUAGGAGUUGACAUAAAGCUAAUCGUGGGAAGUGACACUAACACAGCAAGAUUAAUAGCAAUCAUCUCAGGAAUUCUUAAGCCCGAAGAAGAUACAAACGAAGCAGCAGUAGUUGAAGCGUCUGAAUUCCGAAACAACUACGAGGCGGGUGGGUCAAUUAUGGCUAAUAACAUCAGGGCAUUGGCCAAUGCUUCUCCAUUGGACAAGCUUUUAAUGGUUCAGUGCUUAAAAGAGACUCCAAGCGUUGCCACUGGUCUGCUUUUCUUGAUCUCGUUGUGA